UGUAGUUUGCAAGUCAGGCUCAUGCGGACAUGAGCAGGAGGAAGACUAUUCACUGGCCUGAUUGGCUAGCAUGGACCGCCGAUGCUCUCAUCUCCGCAUUGCUCUGUAAGACUGCUGGCCACAGUCAGCCCUGGAACAGUUCGGAUUUAAUACCAAACCGUGGGGACCAUCCAUGCACUAAAACAUUGUCUUAGGAUGAGCUACCGAGUAGCCUCUACAAUCAAGAUUUUUACCGUAAUGAUUCCUGCCUAAAAAAAGAUAGGACAGCUCUCAUUAUGUAUAUGAAUUGUCAACCAGCACUUAUACAGAAGUAUAAAUGAUAUAAACCGCUCUUUUCAAACCGUGUAGCACUGGGAAGGAAAGCUUGUAAACCUAGUUUGUUAAACAAGCAGAGUGCCCUGGCCAAUUUUAUUCCUCAAUCUGGAACGUGAGCUUUGUAGCUACAGUAAUUUAUUCCUGCAUCAAGCAACUUGUUUGUAUGCCAAGAAUUAAUUUCUUGUAGGAGCAUGUUCCUGAAACUGUCUCAAGUACACACCUGAAUUUGGGACCUAUACCAAGAUGUUUCCAAUACUUUUACUGUAGUCUCCAAAGCGCAUAGGACAGCCCGUUCUAGAAAUGUACUUCUGAGUUUAUCUGCAAGCUUGUGACUAAAAUCUGAAGCAGUACUUUAUGCCAUACAGCCCUUUAACUCUCCAAAUUCUCCAGGCCCUCUGAAAUUGACCACAGAAAAGAAUUAAGCACAGAAAGGUGUCAUUAUCAGUCUCCUAAUGAGUUUCAGUCGUAGCUCAGUGUUAUAAAUAACGCUGUGUGGUCGUGGGACGCCGCUCUUGGUUGAAGUUUCACUGCGUCACGCCUCAUCGGUCUGCGAGAAUGCAAAGUGAGAACCGCGCCACCUGACAAUGUGGACAAACUGCAAUCGUGACAUUGCUGAGCUCACAGGGAUGCACACACGCCUUUUUGACGCUAAUAUUCCCACCUGCACAGCUCAGUCUCAUACAGAGCACUCCAACUGACAACUGCUAGCGACUUGCAUCAACUCACUAUUGGACCUUUGCGGAAGGAACCGGAAGCAAGUUCUUAAUUCCAGAAUCAAGAGGGGUAAAAGCACAUUGUCAUGAUGGCUGAUCAUGGAGAACCUUGCGUAGCCCUGGAAGCCUCCUACUGCCUGAACGGAGGAACCUGCUUCAGGAUCCCCUCUGUGUCCACACCCAACUGUGUCUGCGCCGCCAACUUCAAGGGCAGCAGGUGCGACGAACUGCAGCUCCCCAGCAGCUCCCCGGACGCCCAGGGGGCGGGGCUCAUCGCCGCCAUCGUCAUCGUGGCGCUCCUCAUUCUGAUGGUCCUCGCCGUCGUCAUCUACUAUACAUGCAAGAAGUGGAGACAAAAACCCAAGGAACCCCAGAACAGUCACCAGUACUGGAAAGUUGCACGCCGGGUAUAAGGUUAGAAUUUUAAGGGAGGGGGGAUAUCCUUUUUUGGGGACGCGCAGGCAGAACUGAGCCCCUUGUGUCAGUUCGGAUGCUGCCAACGAUGCGGCCAUGAGGAACUGUCCCCUCUAAACUGAAAAGCAUGACGUGGCAAGGAAAUCCAACAGCCUUGCCCCAUCUCCACCUCAGUGAUCCACAUACAUCAGCUUCAGGCCUGACCACACCCAGCCUCAGGCCAGACCACCCCCCCAGCCUCAGGCCAGACCACCCCCCCAACCUCAAGCCAGACCACACCCAGGAACUCUGCUUCCAACAGCACCAGAGAAGAACCAACAUGUCAGUCAUUCCGGAGAGGCGGAGCCAAAAGAGUUUCAUCUGGUACCCCAAGUCCAAAGUCUGUGGCCUGAGCAUACGGUCUUUCUGUGGUUCUGUGUAGGUCACCUUUUCUUUAAAAUGUUUAAUAGACCUGAGAGAGAAAAAACAUUUCAAAUAGCCUGUCAUCUCGUGUACAUAGAAAUGUAAUCAUGGAAUUUUUACCCACAUGAAAAUGUUGCAAAUGCUCAUGUUUGCCGUUAAAUCAGAUGUAAGAUAAAUGGUCCGGCAGGGUUGUUGGCGGAUGUAGAAUGUGGUUGCAGUGGAACCGUUCAUCUUUCAUGUCUGAUGGAAUGCAGGAAGCCGAAUAACAGCACGUGUAAAGUGUAGAUAAACAUUUCCUCAUAUUUAUAGUUCCUAUCCCUAAUGUGGACCUCGAUGUACCUUUUUCUUGAGAGUUAGACACAGAAUGUACAGCCCUGUCCGUGACACGUCCCUUUCAGUCUUGAGUUGCCUUUCAAUUGAGACACGGUAGAGGGACUAUUAAUAGAAAUCAAAGAAAAAAAUUUGUCUUUUCUUGGACACAGUUCAAAUACUUUUCUGACACUUGAGAUUAUUAAAUAAACACGGAUUUCCUGCU